UAAGAAGAUGAUGAGAUGGAGGCCAUUAUCAUCGAAGUCCGAGAGAAGGGAAUGGAUGGGUCGUUUUCUGGUGCACAGAGGCUGUUCCUUAGUUUCUUUCGCUCGCUAAAAUCUAAGAACACAAGGUAACUCGCUAAAGUCAGUUUGUAUUUGAGAAGUGAAACACCAAAGUCAUGCAUGUCAGAUUGGCAGUAGACCCAGAGAGUUAAAAGCAAAAUCUUUUAACUUUGGGAAGGAAGAAUGAAAGAAAAUGGUGAGCUGGGAAGUGGGGGCCUCGUGGUUUUGGGGUUCUGAUCUCUUCUUUGAUUGAAACCUAUCUCUUUUACUUUCUACAGCCAAACAAAGAAAAGUUGUUUUUAUUUCAUUGUUGCAAAGUGAAAUAAGCUAGUUUUAGUUAAUUAAAGGUUCUUGUGGAGUCUAUAGUGAGAGCUAGGUGGUGGUGGUAGUGUGGUGGUGGGGACGGGGACGGGGGUGCUGAUUCAAAGGAGGAUAGGAGAGACGAGGGUGAGGAACAUUCUGAGAUUUGGAUUUUUGCGGGUGUGUAGCCAGUGGUGGCUGUCAAGAGAUUAGAUGAGGAACAGCUCAUAUUUUUGAUGGGAAAUUUUUGGGUCUUGUUGGGUGGAUUUGGUGGUAUGUGGGGUUACUCCUUUUGGGUUUUGUCCUGCAGGUAAUAGGCCAUCUCAUGCAUUGAACGUAGUGUUCUGUUCUCUUCUUCUGUGUGCCCAUUGCCAUUCUUGUUUGAUUCUGAUUUUGGUACUUGGCUAAUUGGUAAGAAACACAAGGUCCUUUGCUUUCAGACAUUUUUGGGCCGUUUCUAGGCACACAUCUUCAAGGUAUAUGUUGCUUAAAUUGAAGAGCUGGAAGGGUAUUUUGAUUUUUAAAGACAUUUGCAUUCUGGGGUUCAGAUCUUGAAGUUUUGUGGACCAGAAGUAAAGGUUUCUUAGUAGUGUGUGUGUGAGAUUUAUUGAUAAAGAAAAGCAAAAACAAGAAAGAGGAGGAUAAACAAAUGAUAUAAGGACUGUGGUGUCAGUUUUAAGCAAGUGGGGGUGUCUCUCAUGCUUUUGUUUAUAUAAAUGUUUUAAGACAAUUUUUAGGCAUUGUCUCCUUAGUUAACCUGCUUGAUCCAGAGUCCUCGGACUCUGUUACCAAUUUUGGAAGCAAACUCACUUCACUUUGUCAAAGAUCACACCCUCCCCAUUUAGUCAUUUCUCCCUUUCUCACAUUGGCCUUGUUUUGUAGAAACUCAUCAUCAAGAUUUCUUUCAUCUAUUUUCUUUGGCUUGAACAGCUGGUCAAGUUCAGGAGUUCAAUCUCAUUUCUGGGUUUUUUUUUUGUUUCCCUUUCUUCUUCUUCCCUGAAGCCUUCCUGGUGGUUUUGCUUCUCUAAUUGUGGGUUUGGUACAAGUUGGAAAUUAGAAUCUUGAAGGGAAGUAGACGACCUGAUCUUUAUUUAGCGAAAUGAAGUUCAUGAAACUUGGAUCCAAGCCUGAUUCGUUUCAGGUGGAUGGAGACAAUAUUAGGUAUGUGGCAACUGAGCUGGCAACUGACAUUGUAAUUAAUGUUGGAGAUGUGAAAUUUUACUUGCAUAAGUUUCCACUGUUGUCCAAGAGUGCACGUUUGCAGAAACUGGUAGCAAAUGCAAAUGAUGAGACCAGUGAUGAGAUUCACAUCCAUGAUAUUCCUGGUGGACCUGCUGCUUUUGAGAUAUGUGCAAAAUUCUGUUAUGGUAUGACAGUCACUCUUAAUGCAUAUAAUGUGGUUGCAGCCAGAUGUGCAGCAGAGUACCUUGAAAUGUAUGAAACUGCUGAGAAAGGAAACCUUAUCUACAAGAUUGAUGUAUUCCUUAACUCGAGCAUCUUCCGUAGUUGGAAAGACUCAAUUAUUGUUCUUCAAACCACAAAGUCUCUUCUACCAUGGGCUGAGGAAUUAAAGCUGGUCAGCCAUUGCCUGGAUUCCAUAGCUUCAAAGGCUUGCAUUGAUACUUCCAAGGUGGAGUGGUCAUACACCUAUAAUAGGAGAAAGCUCCCAUCUGAGAAUGGGAAGGAUCCCAUCUGGAACGGUGUGAGAAAAUCCCAAAUGGUUCCAAAAGAUUGGUGGGUGGAAGAUCUCUGUGAGCUUCAAAUUGAUUUAUACAGAAAGGUAAUUACAACAAUCAAAACGAAAGGAAGAGUCUCUGGUGAUGUAAUUGGAGAAGCCUUGAAUGCAUAUGCCUUGAGAAGAUUGCCAGGUUUUAGCAAGGGUAUAGUACAGAGUGUCGACAUCACUAAGUAUAGAUCACUGGCAGAAGCAAUCGUGUGGCUACUGCCCACAGAGAAAGGCAGUAUUCCUUGUGCUUUUAUGCUUAGGUUGUUAAGAGCAGUUAUUCUGUUAGAAUGUGGAGAGACGGAAAGGAAAGAACUGAUGAAAAGGAUUGGCCAGCAGCUUGAAGAUGCUACAGUGGCUGAUCUUUUGAUUCGAGCCCCAUCUGGGGAAACGGCAAUGUAUAAUGUUGAUAUUGUGCAAAGCUUAGUAGAGGAGUUUGUGACAAAUGAACAGAAUGCUGAGACUGAUUUUCCCAUGGAAAAUGAGUACCAGGAGAGUAGAAGCCCAAAGUUAGGAUCAGAUGGUUCCAAGAUGCAGGUAGCAAAGUUGGUUGAGGGCUACCUUGCAGAAAUUGCACGAGAUCCCAAUCUCCCUGUUUCAAAGUUUGUCAAUCUUGCAGAAACAGUAUCACGUUUCCCAAGACCAUCCCAUGAUGGACUUUACCGUGCCAUUGAUAUGUAUCUUAAGGAACACCCAGGGAUCAGUAAGAGUGAGAGAAAGAGAAUAUGCAGAUUGAUGGAUUGCAGGAAGUUGUCAGUGGAUGCCUGCCUGCAUGCCGUGCAAAACGAGCGGCUUCCCUUGAGGGUCGUCGUGCAGGUCCUCUUCUUCGAGCAGGUUAGGCAAGCAACAUCAUCUGCCGGCAACAGCACCUCAGAACUACCAGGAUCCAUUAGGGCAUUACUCCCCGGUGGAUCUCAUGGAAGCUCAAGGUCCACUACUACCAACACAGAAGAGGACUGGGAUGCUGUGCCGACUGCUGAAGAUAUAAAAGCUUUGAAAGGGGAACUUGCCGCCCUACGACUAGGUGGGAGCGAUAUAAAUCUGAAUGAUGGGGCCAAAAAUGAUGCUGAAAAAGUUGCCGCCAAUAAAAUGAAAGGUAUGAUCAUGUCAAAAAUCUUCUCAAAGCUCUGGUCGAGCAAAGAACGAAAUGGUGAGCUUAGCAGCUCUGAUACAUCAGAGAGUCCUGGUUCUGGUUCUGCUGCUGCAGAAGAAACAAAAUCCACCCCUUCCAGAAGCAGGAGGCAUUCUGUAUCGUAGUCGCGGACACGCCUAAGCGGAACUAGAUCAUGCAUCUCUUGGUUUGUAAAAUUAUCAUUUCUUUGACCAUUUGAAAAAUUAGAACCAACUGACUUUUGUCCAGCUGAUUGUCUGCUGGAAAUUUUCAUGCAAAAGAGACAAGUUGAGGGGAAUGGGGACUGAUUUCUGUUGGGAUGUUACACUACCCAUUUUUGGUUCUGCAUAGAAAAGGAGCUACCUGUAUUAGCCUCACUGAUUAAGAUAUGAACUCUGAUAACUAAUGACCAGAUUUUAUCGUGCCAUAAUUGGAAAUGUAUUCUCAAGUUCCUCUUU